AUGGCGCAGCAAGGAUUUCAGUUUGACAGGAAAGCACUCAGCUGUUCGAUUUGUCUGGAUCUAAUGAAGGAUCCGGUGACUAUUCCUUGUGGACACAACUACUGCAUGAACUGCAUUAAGAUCCACUGGGAUGGAGAAGAUCAAAAGCAAAUCUGCAGCUGUCCUCAGUGCCAACAGACGUUCGGACCGAGGCCUGACCUGAAGAAAAACACCAUGUUUGCUGAGUUAGUGAAGGAAGUGCAGAAGAUGGGACUCCAGUCUGCUCCAGAGGAUAUCUACCUCCAGCCUCACUACCAAUCUCCCGCAUUUAAAAAUCACACGCUGGUCGAUCCGUCCAAGAAGCUUCAGGAGAAUAUCUGCUCUCGUCACAAUGAGGUGAAGAAGAUCUUCUGCCGCACUGAUCAACAGUGUAUCUGUUAUCUGUGCUCAUUGGAUGAACAUAAAGACCACGACACAGUUUCAGCUACAACAGAAAGAACUGAGAAGCAGAAAGAGCUGAAGCCAAGUGUUAAAAAAAUCCGCCAGAGGAUCCAGGACAGACAGACAGAUGUAAAAUUGCUUCAGCAGGAGGUGGAGGCCAUCAAGCAGUCUGCUGAUACAACAAUGAGGGACACUGACAAGAUCUUCAGAGAUCUCAUUGAGCUUAUUGAGAGAAAAAGCUUGGACGUGAAGAAGAAGAUCAGAUCUCAGCAGGAAACUGAAGUAAAUCGCGCCAAAGAUCUUUUGGAAAAACUGCAGGACGAGAUCACUGAGUUGAAGACACAAGAAGCUGGACUGGACGAAAUAUCUCGGACGAAGGACGACUGCCAUUUCCUGCACACGUUUCCCUUGAUUUCGGGACUCAGUGAAUCACAGUGGCCUCACCCUGAACCCCGUCACCUGCAGUACUUUAAGGAAGCAACAGCAGCUGUGUCAGAACUGAAUAGUAAACUACAGAGGUUUCUGUGUGAGAAAAUGCCAAAACUUUCACAGAUAAUCACUGCAGUGGAUGUUUUAUUGCCACAACCAGAACCCACGACUAGAGCAGAAUUUUUACAACAUUCAUGUCAGAUCACACUGGAUCCAAACACAGCAAAUGUUCGCUUGUUAUUAUCUGAAGAGAACAAAAAAGCAACAUAUACGAGUAAAAAACAGGCAUAUCCAAGUCACCCUGACAGAUUCAUGAAUAGGUCUCAAGUCCUGAGUAGGGAGGCCCUGACUGGACGUCACUACUGGGAGGUGGAGUGGAGCGACUUUGGUAUUUAUGUCGCCGUCGCAUACAAAGAUAUAAGCAGAACAGGAGACAGUAGCGAGUUUGGAAACAAUGACAGGUCUUGGGCAUUUAGGUGUUCAUAUGAUUGUUAUGAAUUAACUCAUGAUGGAAUUAACACUUCAGUCUCAGCCCCCUUGUCCUCCAGAAUCGGAGUCUAUCUGGAUCACAGAGCAGGUGUUCUGUCCUUCUACAGAGUCUCUGGCUCCAUGACUCUCCUCCACAGAGUCAGGACCACAUUCACUCGGCCUCUUUAUGCCGGACUUCGGGCUUAUUAUUUCUUAGGUUCAGGAUCUUCAGGUGUGCUGUGUUAG